AGUCCGGACACUUUCACCCCCUUCCAGUCUGGACACUUUCCACCCCUUCCAGUCCGGACACUUUCACCCCCCUUCCAGUCUGGACACUUUCAUUCACCCCCCUUCCAGUCUGGACACUUUCCCCCCUUCCAGUCCGGACACUUUCACCCCCUUCCAGUCCGGACACUUUCCCCCUUUCCAGUCCGGACACUUUCCCCCUUCCUGUCCGGACACUUUCCCCCCUUCCAGUCCGGACACUUUCCCCCCCUUCCAGUCCGGACACUUUCACCCCCUUCCUGUCCAGGCCAAUUUUCAGCUUUCAGCGCUAUCACACUU